GACUGUCCCUGAGAGCCAAUCGCGGGCGAAAGAGGUGCGAGCCGGGCCGGCGGGCGGCUGCCUGCGGCGGUAGCUCUUUCCUGGCCAUGGCCUCCGAGAAGCCGCUGCUGGCCGUGACCUGCACGGCGCCGGUCAACAUCGCGGUCAUCAAGUACUGGGGGAAGCGAGAUGAGGACCUGGUUCUGCCCAUCAACUCCUCUCUGAGUGUCACUUUGCACCAGGACCAGUUGAAAACCACCACCACAGCAGCCGUUAGCAAGGACUUCACUGAGGACCGGAUUUGGCUGAAUGGCCGGGAGGAGGAUGUGGAGCAGCCCCGCCUCCAGGCCUGCCUCAGGGAGAUACGCCGCCUGGCCCGGAAGCGGAGGAGCACCGGUGAUGAGGACCCCCUGCCUCUCAGCCUCACCUACAAGGUUCAUAUCGCAUCUGUGAACAACUUCCCCACGGCUGCAGGCCUGGCCUCUUCGGCGGCAGGGUAUGCCUGCCUAGCAUAUACCCUGGCCCAGGUCUAUGGGGUUGACAGUGACCUCUCAGAAGUGGCUCGCCGGGGCUCAGGAAGCGCCUGCCGGAGCUUGUACGGUGGUUUCGUGGAGUGGCAGAUGGGGGAGCGGGCCGAUGGGAAAGACAGCAUCGCCCGGCAGGUGGCCCCCGAGUCACACUGGCCUGAACUCCGAGUCCUCAUACUUGUGGUGAGCGCAGAGAAGAAGCUGAUGGGCAGCACGGCAGGCAUGCAGACUAGUGUGGAGACCAGCCCCUUGCUCAGGUUCCGGGCUGAGUCGGUGGUGCCAGCGCGCAUGGCAGAGAUGACCCGCUGUAUCCAAGAGCGGGACUUCCAGGGUUUUGGCCAGCUAACCAUGAAGGACAGCAACCAGUUCCAUGCCACCUGCCUAGACACCUUCCCGCCCAUCUCCUACCUGAGUGACACCUCCAGGCGCAUCGUCCACCUGGUGCACCGCUUCAACACCCAUCACGGGCAGACCAAGGUGGCAUACACGUUUGACGCAGGCCCCAAUGCCGUGGUCUUUACCCUGGAGGACACUGUGCCUGAGUUUGUGGCUGCUGUUCAGCACUGCUUCCCUCCUGAGUCAAACGGAGACAAGUUUCUGAAGGGGCUGCCUGUGAGACCCACCCCACUCUCAGACGAGUUUAAAGCUGCGCUCAAUGUGGAUCCCAUCCCGGGCAGCAUCAAGUACAUCAUUGCCACCCAGGUAGGACCUGGGCCUCAAAUCCUGGAUGACCCUCAUGCUCACCUCCUGGGCCCGGAUGGUCUGCCGAAGCCAGCUGCUUGACCACCUUCCUCCAGGGGAGCCCCAGCUGCUGCCGGGAGAAGGGCACUUCGCUGGGACUGGGGAGCUGGGUGUGGCGCUGGCUGGUCCAUGCUUAUUGGGGCUUGAGGGAUAGGCACUGGGCGCCAGGCCAGGCCAUGUGCUGUGGCCAAGCUGGGUCACUGGAGUGACCAUUGGCACCACCCAGGCCAUCAGGGGUAUGCCACCCCACCAAGUGCCUCACCUCGCUGCAGCUUGCACCUGGUGCUUUGCGAAGAAGAGAGCCGAUGUGAGGGCCAGGGACAUGACACUGGGCUCUGAGCUGGACCGUGUGGAGCUGCCAGGUCCCCCUUCGAAGGGCUUUCUGGACUCACCCUCUGAGGUCCUGCCCACUGCCCCAAACAGCAACUCUGCAGGAGAUGACUGGGAGUUAGCAUCCAUCCUCAGAGCUGGAGGACAGGUCACCUCUGCAGACCUCGGGGACCCUCCACAAAAGCUUCAAGCCUGAGAUAUCCCCUCAUGGCUCCUCUGUCAGACUCAGGCCAACGUUUGUUUAUAAAGAGAACACUGGUGUGUGUCCAGUGGGAGGUGGGUGCAUUACACAGGAGCCCUGUGGGCUGCAGGGAAUAAAGCCAACGUCACUGAUGGA